AUGUCGACAGAAGACACAGGAAAUGCAACAGUAAAACCUGCGAAGACUGGGGCAAACCCACUCAGUGAGGUCCCAGACGCAAGUGACGUUGACCCAGCAGCGAUACAAUCAGAGCGGCGACGGAGAAUUGCUAUCGCUCAAGAUGAAUAUCUAAAAUGGAUCAAUCUGAAAAUGGUUUUACGAGGAAACUCCGACAAGCUCAAGUAUAGAGCUGCCCGAGCUGCGUGGAAGAUUGCAGAACGAUUUCUCUUGACUGACGACAAUGUGCUGUAUUAUAUGAACUCGACUCCGCAGAACCAACAAGACAACCAAGAGGAAUUGAGACUGCGACUGGUAGUCCCAACCACGAUGAUUCAAGAAGUUCUUCAAAAUAACCAUGACUCAUUGGAAGGUGGACACCAAGGUGUAGUCAGGACAUAUCAACGCGUGAAGCAAGAUUAUUAUUGGUUUGGUCUGUACACAGCCGUUGAAAACACUUCAAGUAAGAGCAAGCCACAGUUGAGAGGGUAUUCCCCUGGCAACAUUCUCGCCGAAAGCCCAUUCCAGAUUGUCUCGAUGGACUUCGUGAUCCCACUGCCGAAAUCUCGGCGAGGCAACACGGCGCUACUGCUAUUCCAGUGUGCUUUCACUGGUUUCGUCAUCGCUAAACUGAUGUCGGACACUACAGCAUUCAAAGUCGCACAAGUAUUUGAAGAAUGCAUUUACCGAAGGUUUGGAGCACCGUCGUUAAUAAGACACGAUAGGGAUCCCCGCUUUAUGAGCGAAGUAUUCCAAGCGUUUGCCGAGAUGAUGCAGUCAAAAUCAAGAGCUACACUGAGUUAUCGGCCACAUGCCAAUGGGCAGCAAGAAAGAUCAGUUAAGACGGUGAUGCAGUCCGUAAAGGUCUCUGCCGAAGACCCGCUUCAGCAAGACUGGGACGAGAUCACAGAGCAUCUAGUCUUCGCCAUCAACAACUCAAUGGACACCACCAGGAAGGAAAUACAUUUCUACUUAGGUCACGGAUGGGAUGCUAGCCCAACAAUGAAAGCAAUGCCGACGUCUCUUAGACACGGAACUCCAAGACAAUACGAAGCCUUAGCGUGGAGACGAGAAGUCAACCGACAACAGGAAGUGGUGUGGCGAAUGGCCCAAGAAUAUUAG